AUGUUAGGCUCGCUGCGUAGUGUCCUUAGCGCGAGGCGUCCGUUGGCUCGUGAGAACGAUUCUGUAUUCAACAUGUCUUCGUGGGGUGAUACAGCGUUCGGGACUUAUACACGUCCCGUCUCCUUACUCCUUGGCAUUGAGGUCUCACCUCUGGUUUCUCGGCUCACAUCAUCGAUGGAAGCUCUGGCAGUCAACGACAUGGCCGUGGCCAUGGUCGAAGCCCCUUCGAUCGCGGUGUCGGAUGGCUUCGGUGAUGGGUCGACUUCUGGAGGCUUGCAUGAUCGAGACUUGACUCCGAUCGACGCGGGCGGCGAGAUGGCGCUGGCGGCCCUCGACAUCGACGAGGAUUUUGUGUGGCCAACGUCACCACACCCAGAGCCAGUGUCAUUGCCGGACGUAUCGUCGGAUGUUCAGCAGGGCUCUGGGUGCAAUGAGCUCCUGCCCAUUGAUAUUUGUCUGGUGGGUUUCUCUGAGCCCACCAAGGAUGUCAGUACUGUGCCAGAGCUUUGA